AUGGCGGCCCUGUGCGAGGCCUUCACGCUAUGCGGUUUGGGGCCCACCGGCGGCGUCGGCCUCGGUAGCGGCCUUCUGGCGCUGGAGCCGGGUGCUGAUCCCGACCACGUCCUGCUUACCGACCGCGGCAGGACGGCCACGCUUUUUAAGGUCUCAGAUCAGAAGCCACUGGGCUGUUGGUCAGUUAAACAUGGGCAGAUUAUCACGUGUCCAGUUGUAUGCAACUUUGAGACUCAUGAAUAUAUAGCUGUUCAUGAUAACAAGGUUUUACGAAUAUGGAAGGAUAAAGAUGUUAACUUGGACAAAGUAUUUAAAGCAACACUUUCAGCUGAGGUGUACAGAAUACAUUCGCUGCCCCAUGCGGAGCCAUUGGUGUUAUUCAGAGGAGGGGCUGUUCGAACUUUAGAUGUUCUUCUGGAAGCUCCACAACAAGAAAUUGAAAACGUCAUCUCAGAUGAAGUCAUCAAGUGGAGUGAAGCAUUACUGGAAGGUCAACAACCUGUCUUAAUUUUCGUUACAGAGAAAGAUGGGGAUUUUUUUGUCUACAUACAGAAACUUAAGAUGAGGAGUCUACAUAAAUACAAGCUUGAACAACAGGAAUUGUCUAAUCCGCUUUGUUUCACAGCAUAUAUAAAAAAGCAGAUUAUCACACUUCUGUGUUUAUACUCCAGUGACUCUGUAUAUAAAGUUCUGAUACCUCUACAGCAAAAUAGUGAAGAGGAAGAGCAAACUCUAUCCAAAUCACUACUACUAAACCUUUCAAUAUCUGGAAGUGCUCUAAAAGGAACUUCUUUUGUUAUUCUUGAUAAAGACCAUGUUGCAGUACUGGGAAGUCUAGCAGCAUCUGGUGAAGAAUCCAAAGAAUGCCUAACAAUAUGGAAUACAAAAUUUCAAACAUUACAAGCUUCAAAGGAACUGCCCCUGGGAACCAGUGGACAACUCUGGUGUUAUGGGGAAAAAUUUUUCUUCACUCAUGGAAAAGUGCUAACAGUAGUUAUAUACAAGUGUGAAACUUCAUCCUUGGCAGCUGCUGUGGGAAAACUGAAGGACAGUCAAACCUCUGAUCUUUCUUCAUUUGUAAACUGGAAUACUCUUGGAGAUGAAGAGCUCCUGGUUUCCUAUCAGUCACAGCAGUCUGUAGCUCUAAAGUCUGAAUCCAAAAUGACAUUAAGAUCAAAAAAGAGCGCCGUUGAGAGCAUGCAGCCAGAUGCCUCCACAAUUGGGUGGUUCUUACUAUGUAUAAAAGAUGCUUCCACAACUGCUGUUGAAGGUGAAUUGAGACAACUGUUGUCAAAAGCACAGAGACCAGAUUUUCAGGCCACCAUUGGAUGUGUAAUAAGUGCUCUAAUGAACAGGUGUAAAACAGAUCCAAUGUUCUACCCUCGAAACUUCCUGGUACAGAUGAUCCAGAAACGAGAGUUAUCUUACAGUUUGUGUCCAGACUUAAUGGCUGUUGCUUUAGAGAAAAAAGAUGUACAUCUCUUACAAAUCUGCUUACAACGGUUUCCAGAUAUUCCUGAAGAAAUUACUUAUGCUUGCUUGAAAGUAUUUUUAAGCAUUAGUGAUGAUUAUCUGGAAGGAACAGACGUGGAUCUAGAAUCUGUAAUCUCUUACAUUGAUAUUGAACCAAACAGUAAAGUUAAGACUGAAGUUGUAGAAAAUGGUUUCAGUACUGAACUGGAAGAAGAUGGUUGUGAUGUUAAAGGCAUGAAGGAAACCCAUAUGAUGGACAGUGUUGAAUUCUGCCCUGUUGGACCUCAUAAGGCAGCAUUAUUAAAUGCUGUUCUUCAUUCAGCUUACAGUGAAACGUUUCUUUUGCCCCAUCUGAAAGACCUUCCAGCUCAGCAAGCUGUUCUGUUUCUCAGGUAUUUGCACUACCUGUAUGUGAAAUGCAGUGAAAAAAUCAACACAACUCUUCCUGGAGUACUCCCUCCAACUAUAAGUCAGAUUAUGGAUUGGAUGUGCCUAUUACUUGAUGCUCACUUCACAGUUAUGGUGAUGCUACCAGAAGCAAAAAGAUUGCUUUCAAGCAUGCAUAAGUUUGUGAGAGCCCAAGUACGAUUCUACUCUGAACUUAACAAAAUCGAAGGAAGUUUGCAAGAACUGCAAAGAAUUAAAUGCCAGGAAAACUCUCAGGCAUAUUCUAUUGAAGUGCUGGAACUUAUUUGAAUAUGAAAUGAAUUAUUAACCAACUUGUUAUUGAUUCCUUUUAUGACAAGGAUGUAUUAGCACUCCAUAUUGGGGAUGUGAAAAGUUGAGUUUUGUGCACAGGGAGAACGCGGUUACUCAGUAGCUACGUGGGGGGUUGUGUAUUAAAAGCUCUUUUUUGACUGGAUGAUUUUCAUAUAUUUUCAUUGUAAUUUUGUUAUGCAGUCACAAGAAUAUCCUAAAAUUGUAUCUGAUUCUUGGCUGAGAAGUGAUAGGAUAUUUGUAAAAAGGUUUCAAGAAAUGUUUCAUCAAAUCAAUUGUCACUUCUAUUCCAUUUGCUUCUUUUUCACUUACAGGCAGUUGAAUUCUCAGAUUCUUCAGAGCUCUCUAAUCUUUGCUCCGGUUAGGAUCUAUAGAUACUCUGAGUUUGUUUCUUUUGUUCUCUAUUUUUAAGUUGAUUUUAUUCUCUAUAUAUACACACACAUUCAUAUUUAUUAUUUUCUGAACAAGAACACUUAGCACCAAACUAAGAACAUUUUUACCUACAUUCUUGUCCAUUUCUUCUAAGUACUUUUUCAGAGUGAACAUCUCCAGUUAACCUCAUUCAUACUGCUUGUUCUGUACAGCUUGGAUUCUAGCAUUCCAAAAUGUCAUAGCUUUCUGAAUGCAAGGUUUGCUGAAGGUACUGCUGAUAUAAGCAACUGUGCAUUGUACUUCUGAUGAGGCACACACUUGAAACUGAUCUGUUACAAGCUACUUGUUGGACUAAAGGUCUGUCUGAAUGAAGGCUGAUCAGAGAUGCAAGAGAGAUACGGCACGUAAGCUUAAUGCUAGAUUUCUUAAGAUUUAAUAUAAAAUGAAUGUAACAAGCAGAAGCCUCCAGAGAAAAAUGAGUACAUCAAUAACUGUUCAGAAUAACAGAUAAAAUCUUAAUGACCUUUUAAAAUAAUAUUAAGUGAAUAUUAAUGUAUCAGCAUAUUUAUAUGCUUCAUAUUUUUCAUUGUAAUAAAUAAAAUGGUAGUUGAUAAUUUGAAUUAAUCAGCAAAAGUCAUAAGCCCUUGCUUCCUCACACUGACUUUAGUCUGCAGCUGAGCUCUAGUCUUUACCUUACAUAGCAACAACUUGGUGUCUGAUAAAUGCACGUGUAACUGACUAGAAUAGAAUACUUAAAUUCAGCACCUUUUACGAAGUGAUUUGGAGGAAAAAGAAUGGACAAAAGCAGCUCAGUAAUUUAAACAAGAGGAUUUGCUGAGUUGGUUAAGGCCAUGCCUUCCAGCUGUAAAUUCUUAGGUUCUUCAAUUCUUUCCUUUACCCUUGGAGAAAGGCACUUGCCUAGCUACCAGCCUGGAACAACUAGGCUGUACAUCUUCUGUGUACAUUUUGAGAGAACCUAUUUCUCCUCAUCUGUCUCAAGAAUAGAUGCAGUAUAGGGUAUCAUAUGUAAAAUUCUUCUUCCUUUGGUGUUCAACUCACUUAGAAAUGGGCUUUUUUUAAUUAUACCAAUAGACUGAUAUUUAUAGUCCUGACUCUGAAAGUUAACAUACCUCUCCAUGCAACCAUUUCUCCAGCUCUAGAAUUAGAGCUCUUUACUAAACAGGAUAUUAAGCACUUCUCGAUGACAACUAAUAAAUGAGAGGUCAUUAAGAGACACCGUGUUCUGGUUUACAGCAAAUGUUACUUGGCACCUUUGUCUGUUUCAAGUGAUCAAAAUCCUCUCUGCUUUAUAGAUGUUAACAGACGUAGUGCUAUGGGCUGUAUGUGGAUUUGUGCAGUACAUACACAACAAAGUAUUUCUUGAUUCACCCUGUAUAGGUGGCAGAACUCACAGAUGUUUCACAAUGUGAGACAGUAAAAUAACUUAUCCCCUUC